GCCGGAAGUGCUCGCGCUCGGCCUCUUCCGUCCGGAGCGGAGGCUGGAGGCCGCUCGCGGCUGGCGUGCUCGAUCGCCCGGAGCCAACCGCUGUCGGCGGGCCGCCGCGGCCGGGCUCACGCCGCGCGAGGAUGGUGGGCCGCAACAGCGCCAUCGCCGCGGGCGUGUGCGGCGCCCUCUUCAUCGGCUACUGCAUCUACUUCGACCGCAAGAGGCGGAGCGACCCCAACUUCAAGAACAGGCUGCGAGAACGAAGAAAGAAACAGAAGCUUGCUAAGGAGAGAGCUGGGCUUUCCAAGCAUAAUUUCUGCAUGUUCUGUUUCCAGUUACCUGACUUAAAAGAUGCUGAAGCUGUUCAGAAAUUCUUCCUUGAGGAGAUACAGCUUGGUGAAGAGUUAUUAGCACAAGGUGAAUACGAGAAGGGUGUAGACCACCUGACAAAUGCAAUUGCUGUGUGUGGACAGCCUCAGCAGCUGCUGCAAGUGUUACAGCAGACUCUCCCACCUCCAGUGUUCCAGAUGCUUCUGACUAAGCUUCCAACUAUCAGUCAGAGAAUUGUAAGUGCUCAGAGCUUGGCGGAAGAUGACGUGGAAUGAGCCCACUGUCAACAUCAUAAAUUUCAGUGAAAUGGUUAACAGUUAGCUUGGAAGCUGCUCUGCUCUGGGGGAACAAGGGCAAAACAAAUACGCUUGUUAGGAGCUGUCCUACACUGACGUCUACCAAAGUGAAUGUGUGCUUUGAGUAGAUCCAUUGUCUGUUCUAUUUAUUUUUUCCAGUGAAAAGUAUUUUGAUAGAGCUUUUCAUUUUAUAAAUACACUGAGUUAACCAAAAUAUCAUGGAUUUCGUUUGUUCUUAAGACAGUCAACUCAAAUGUAAAUAGCAGUAGAGUCUUAUUUAGGUAGAACUCCUGGUGAUCAGUUUUACAAGAUUGGAAAACAGUAUGAAGGAUAGUUGAGAUGCACAUUUUAAAAGACUAGUACAUUUUACUGUAAGUCAUAGUUACAUAGAAACUUGUGUUUGUGAAAAGUGAGCAUUAAAGUUUUACAGAGACUAUUUCUGUUCACUCACACAUGUGCAUUGUGUCGCUGAGGUGUUAGCGAGCACAUUCCUUUCCCGGGUUUCCUUAGAGGCUUCUAUCACCAGCUGUGGCUUACCGUGCUCUGUGCGCUUACUCCUAGCAUUUCAAGCACCUGGCUGCAAGUGGUACCAGGAGGUAGACGUGUGUGCAUGCUGACCUCACAGGUGAGCUUUGCCUGUGGUCUGUUCUGUUGACUCCUUGUAGCUGGGAGGAGCCGUGUGCUUGUCUCCGGGGUGCCCUUUUUGGUGCAUAGUGGAUGGCUUCUGGGUGUUGGAGGUCCAUCUACAGCUGGUGGUGAUCUACCCAGGCGUUGCAGUUGCUGACAUUCUGAAUUUGCAUGUUUGCCUAACUUAGUAUUUCUCAGCUAAACCUCUCAUAGAGCACUGUCUUUGUCAGCUGUUGGUGGUGUGAAGUGAUUCUGUCACUGUUGUAGAAACUAACCAGAGCUUGUCCUUAAGGCAGUUGUGAUGGUCUACUUGUGCAAGUGUUGAUUCCGUUUUUUGCUUUAACAGUGUAUCUCUUCAGUCCUGCUGUGGAUUGGUUAAUUGGGAGUAUCAUCUUGUCUGGAAGCUUGGCUCAAGUGGGUGGGACCUCUUCACAGAUAUUGGCGACCUCCCUGGUGACACGGGUUGUCUCUGAAUCGAGUGUGAAGAGCUCUGGGCUGUGUUAGCAUAUGUUCACCGAGCAGCAUUCUCUUGGAGCGGGUUGCUUGCUUCACAACCUAGACUUGUGUGGGCUUUCCUCCCCCUUUCUGUGGCUUUGUUUUGAUAGCACAGUGGGAAGAACCUGGAAUGAGGCUGCCUCUGGGUGGUGUGUGGAUAACAUCUCUCAAGAGCCUUACUCUGGUACUUUCUGAUGGAGUGCAAGACCCAGGGGCACACAUUUGAGUGCUUCCGUAAGCCCUUUCCAGGCCUUUCAGUCUUGAACCCUUAAUACUGCUUUUUUUUGUGGGGGUAGGCAUGCGUGUUUUGGGGGAAUAAUGCUGGUUGAGUUCUGUUGGUGGAUCUUCAGUCUCAAGCGUCAUGGUGGUGAUUCAUCAGAAACUGACUGCAUAGAAAGCCAUAGCCAAGCUGGUGUGGGCACCAGGAGCCCUCGGGGCUGUGAGAGGGACUAGAAACAAGGCCCUGAAGGCUGGGUGGGUGGGCACUGCUCUGAGAGUGUGCUGCAGUGUGCACUGCUUGGCUCCUGUGGGGAGAGGCUGAGAGAACCAAGUUCUUACGUGACGGACGGAUGUGGGCCCUCAGUGUUGUCACGUCUGAACACUGGCUGUGCUUGGUUAAAGACAGCUGCUUUCUCCACAAGAGCAAGCGCUGAAGACCCAUCUCCCCUGAAGUCACAGAUGAACCAGAAGCCGUGGUGCUAGUCAGGGAUGUCAGAAGAGCUGAGCGUUGGCAGUCGUAGAGGGCUGUGCAUGUUUCGGGCUGUUGUCAUGCUGCCUUGGGCAGAGGUGAUUGUUGGUGCCCGUGUUCCUACUUAACAGCUUCCUGGGAAGGUGGUGUGACACCCUUAUUUGCGUAGUGCGUAGGCUUAGCAGAGUCCAGGGCUUGUGCUCCUCUCCAGCAAGCGAGGAGUUCAGACCGUAGUCCACCUGCCUUGAUGCCCUGAACCAGCCUGCAAACCAGAGUGCUGAACUGAACUGUGAUCUCUGCUGAAGAAAUGCUGUGGAAUUCAGUGUAUGGUGGUGACAGCAUAACAAUCCUUCUAUCAAAAAAAUAAAGUGUUCAUUGCUUUUGCCUCAGCUGUAUUAAAGGGUUUGGAGAACGUU